AUGAAUAAAGAUUCCCAUCAAUCCCAUCUCCAAUCAACAAUCAUGCUUGCCUCCAGGACCAUUCUUCCCCGCGUCGCUCGCUGCGCCGCUCUGCCAGCAUCACGCAUGCCAUUUUCCUCGUCGCGCGUCCUCUCGCACAAGGAAUCCAGCUCCACCACAGACGACGACGUGGACAAGCACAAGCUCGACUCGCUCCGCAAGCAAAAGGACAGCGCCGGGCACUGGAAGCGCGAGCUCGCCUCGGACAGCGAGGAGGCCGUCAAGGCGGACAAGGGCCACGGCGCGGCCAGCGAGUCGGUCGAGCAGCUCCAGGAGAGAACCAAGAAGAUGGCCGAGGAGUCCAAGAAGAGCGGAACAAGUAGCCACGAGGGCAUGUAA